UGAAUAACAUCAGUGAAAAAUAUUCAGAUGAAAAUCGGUCUGUGAAUCCUACUGAUGUAUCUGGCUAAUGUGGGUAUUGAGGCGAACACAUUGUACUGUUUAUGUAUACUGGUGGUGUGAUGUCAUUGACCAGGAAAAUGGAUUAGUUUCAGAGGGUCUCAUUGAGCCCAGGGUAUGGUUCACCUCUCUG